AUCUUCUUCUUCACCACCAUUUUCACAUUUCCUCCACACACUUCUUUCACCGUCUCUCUCUCUCUCUCUCUCCAUUCCCCACAUUCAAAUGGUAAUCGAGGAAGAAACCCACUAACACUCUCAUUGUCGGGCCGACAAUAAUGGCGGCAUUCUUUGGAUUCAAAGCACCAUUCUUUUGUCUUAUGAUUCUUCUUGUCUUGGUCUCUGUUCAAGUAUCAGAAUCAGCCAUUGGAGUGAACUGGGGAACGGUGUCGUUUCUCAAGCUGAAUCCUUCAACAGUGCUGGAUCUCUUGAAGCAGAACAAGAUACAAAAAGUUAAGAUCUUUGAUGCCGACCCAACUGUUCUUGAAGCUCUGGUGGGGAGUGGGAUUGAGGUCAUGAUUGGAAUCCCCAAUGAAAUGUUGGCUCCACUCAGUUCCUCAACUGUUGCUGCUGAUUUGUGGGUUCGCCAGAAUGUUUCCAGAUACCUGGUUAAAGGUGGUGUUGAUAUUAGGUUGAACGAGAAAUUGGUGGAGGGUUUCAUGGAGAAUGCUAGAGUUCUACUGAAAGAGGAUGCAUGUGAGAUUCAUGGGAGCCAUAAGGAAAGAGAUCCUUACAGCAGAUAGCAAUUAGUGGAGACUGCAAUGAAGAAAGGCCUGGUUUUACAUGAGAUUGUUCCGUUCCGUAACGGUACCUUUGCUGACAGUACACUUAAGCUUGACCUUUGCAGUCCUAAGUUCAAGCUCCACAAUAUAGAGAGUUUCAGUUCUUGGAAAAGAGGGAUAUGUAUAAGACAUGAUGAGGUAUAUACUGUGUUGAGUAGUCUAUUGAUCUCAUAUCACCCUAGAAAUUAAAAAAUUGAGAUGACAAAUACCUGCUAGAGAAAUUAAAAGCAAAAAAUUAGAACUUAAUAAGGGUUCUUGCUGGUC